CUCCCCAGCUCAACCUGCGACAGAUUGGCGGCAACCUUCAUCCAUGCGGCGUCGCCUCAUUCGCCAGACAAAGAAAAACACAUCACCCGCUAAACUCUGCCAGGUCGUUUCAACGCCACUGACUCGGCCAUCCAGGUCCAUGUGCGAUGCGGUUCGCUGGCUGUUGGUCGUCCCCCCGGCGCGUCCCCCGGCCAUCUCCUACCAAUCUUGGAGAGACAGGUCGACGCGGCUUGUCGACUAGCCUGUCGCUCCAGGGUGCUGGCUUUUUCAACCCGCGCCGUCGCUGCACCGAUCGACUGCCCUUUUCUUUAGUAGGCUUCCUUCUCCCUUCCUUUGCCCUGCUGUGCUCGUUGGCUUCCCAGCAGUAUUCACAUACACACACUCCCUCCUUGUUCGCAACCUGGUGUUCGCUCCUUACGACACAGGCUGUUCCCACACGCUCUUUGACAGACGAUCUUUUGUUCCAUAUCCACCACUCUUUACUUCUCUUCAUUCAUUCAUUGUCCCCGCUGCAAGCUCAGCUUCAACCCCAAAGAACCAAAACAUCCAUCAACAAGAAAACUAAGACUCGACCAAGUCUUCUGGAACUGUGUCGCACACACCGGACCCCCAAGCCACCAAAUCUGCGACCUCAGUAUCACAAGUACAACUCCGACUCUAGACCACGUUACACGACAAAAGCGCACACAUCCCCGGCGCAAAGCACAGCGUGAUCCCUUCCAGACUUCCAUAACAGCACCACAGUCGCUGUUCAGCUGUCCACAGUCGCGUCUCCCCAGUUGACCUGUUUGAUCCCGUGCCUAUCAAGAGCAAUCUAUCCCCGGCAAUACC